AUGGCUCACAUUAAACACUUCGAAAACCUGAAAAUACAACUAGAAGCUAUAAAAUCAGCAACCAACAACUUUGCUAACGAUAUGUGCAUCGGUGAUGGUGGAUUUGGAAAAGUUUACAAGGGAGAAAUCAUCCAUUCCAACGGCCAGAGCAUGGUCGCUUUGAAACGUUUAAAUCGUGCCUUUGGGCAAGGAGAUCCCGAAUUUUGGAAAGAGAUCAUGAUGCUUUCCUUUUAUAAACAUGAAAAUAUCGUCUCUCUCUUAGGUUAUUGUGAUGAUUGUGAUGAGAAGAUCCUUGUCUAUGAGUUUGUAUCUAAGAAAAGUCUCGAUUUGUAUCUCGACAAAGAUGAUUUAAAUUGGGUCCAACGUCUUAAGAUAUGCAUUGGAGCGGCACGAGGAUUGGCAUACCUUCAUAGUCCUAGUGACACCCAGCUUAGGGUGUUACACCGGGAUAUUAAAAGUUCCAAUAUCUUAUUAGACGAAAACUGGAAUGCCAAAAUAUCAGAUUUCGGCCUGUCUAAGUUUGGUCCUGCAAACCAACAAUUCACAUACCUAGUAUCCAAUCCCGUGGGCACAAUUGGGUAUUGCGAUCCAUUAUAUGUAGAAUCUGGUUAUUUGACAAAAGAAUCAGAUGUUUAUUCUUUCGGGGUGGUGUUGUUUGAGGUAUUAUGUGGAAGGUUGUGUAUUGGCAACAAUAAUGAUAAGUUGCGGCCUUUAACAAGAUUGGUACGAGAGUACUAUGACCAAAACAGAAUAAAUGAGCUUAUUUUUGACAAUAUAAAGGAUGAAAUACAUUCUGAUUCUUUGAAGAACGUCCAUUAA